GUCCCUGCGCAGAGCCGGAGGGAAAAGCAGCUUGGAAGUCAGCUGCAAUUUUUAAACCUUGCUUUUUAUUCCCCGGCGAUGAUCUUCAAGUGCUUGGACUUGUCUUGGAAGCUGUUUGGAAACUAACAUGGUUUAGUCCACUAACUGCAUGUUGGGUAAAUUCAAAACCCACAUGCUCGUCCUCUUGCAGUGGAAUAAGUCACAUCUGAUGGACAUUUUCUGUGCUUAUAGCAUAGUAAUGAACGUCUGACAGGCGCGACCUUUCAUAAGACAACCCACACUAUUGGCUUUCUGCCCAGAAUAUUGCUGCAACACUAUCUGUGAUUGGUUAUCUCUCUAUCAUGCAUUGCUUCACAAGGGGAAACGGCCCCUUUUUUUAAUAAAUCUACGAUGGCUGGCUGCAAUAUGCCUCACUGUUGGUACUAAGAAGUGCCUUUCCUGACGUCUCUGCUGCUUGGACCCGCUUCUAGAGCAGUCUCUGCUUUUGCCUUGCUUGCUGCCAGCUAGACUGUGACGACAGCACAUCCACCCUCCACUUCUAGCCCAGACACCCCCAUUUCUACUUAUAAUCAAGACAAAAGCUCUAAGUAUCUGGCAUUGCCCUAGGCUGCUUUAGUUUUAAAAGAAAAGUUUGCUGAAAAAGUCAGAUCUCUUCUGCCAGGAAAUCAAGGAGGAAAAAAAAAUCAGUUUCUCGAUUUGCUCUAAACUGCUGCAUCUGUCUAUGCCAAACUAAUCAAUACCGAUUGCACCACCAAACUCCAUUGCAAAUUCAGCUGUGAGGAGAUUCCCUUUCAGACAACUUUGCUGAAAGCAGCUUGGAAAUUCGGUGUCAAAGGGUCUGCCACGUUUUCAUGCUUGCAUUUUGGGCUCCAAAUUGGCACUGGGAAGGGGUUACUGAGAGCACAAGGCUGAUCCGAGGCCCUACUUUUAAACGUUCAUCUACUUACGAUUCUAGUAUUUCUCUGUAAACCAAAACCUCUUGAAUUAACAGUUUCAUGCUGUGAAUUUCUAGUGGGAGAUCUUUUCCUUGAUAUUGACAACACAGUUUUCCAUGUACUUUUAAAGCAGGGAGUGGGGAAAAAAGUAUUUUGGAGGGGACAUUUUCAUCAGCCUUUUACAGUCUUAUCAGUUCAGCUUUUUGAGGUUUUUUUUUUUUUUUGGUGGUUUUUUUUUUUUUUUUUGGUUGUUGCUGGGUUUAUUUUUAUUUUUAUUUUUUUGUGGGGGGCUGGGUCUGUUGGUUUCACUGCAAAAUUUAACUACCUGUAAAAUCUAAACAUGGCUGUUAGUGUCACACCAAUUCGGGACACAAAAUGGCUAACACUGGAAGUAUGUAGAGAGUUCCAAAGGGGGACUUGCUCACGGCCAGACACGGAAUGUAAAUUUGCACAUCCUUCGAAAAGCUGCCAAGUUGAAAAUGGACGAGUAAUCGCCUGCUUUGAUUCAUUGAAAGGUCGUUGCUCCAGGGAGAACUGCAAAUAUCUUCAUCCACCCCCACACUUAAAAACGCAAUUGGAGAUAAAUGGGCGCAAUAACUUGAUUCAGCAGAAGAACAUGGCCAUGUUGGCCCAGCAAAUGCAACUAGCCAAUGCCAUGAUGCCUGGUGCCCCAUUACAACCUGUGCCAAUGUUUUCAGUUGCACCAAGCUUAGCCACCAAUGCAUCAGCAGCCUUUAAUCCCUACCUGGGACCUGUUUCCCCAAGCCUGGUUCCAGCAGAGAUCUUGCCGACCGCACCAAUGUUGGUCACAGGGAAUCCUGGGGUCCCCGUGCCUGCAGCUGCUGCGGCUGCUGCACAGAAAUUAAUGCGGACAGACAGACUUGAGGUAUGUCGAGAGUACCAGCGUGGCAACUGCAACAGAGGAGAAAACGAUUGCCGGUUUGCUCAUCCCGCUGACAGCACAAUGAUUGACACCAAUGACAACACAGUGACCGUGUGUAUGGAUUACAUCAAAGGGAGAUGCUCACGGGAAAAGUGCAAAUACUUUCAUCCUCCUGCACAUCUGCAAGCCAAGAUCAAGGCUGCCCAAUACCAGGUCAACCAGGCUGCAGCCGCUCAGGCAGCAGCCACCGCAGCUGCCAUGACUCAGUCGGCUGUCAAAUCACUGAAGCGACCCCUCGAGGCAACCUUUGACCUGGGAAUUCCUCAAGCUGUACUUCCCCCAUUACCAAAGAGGCCUGCUCUUGAAAAAACCAACGGUGCCACCGCAGUCUUUAACACUGGUAUUUUCCAAUACCAACAGGCUCUAGCCAACAUGCAGUUGCAACAACAUACGGCAUUUCUCCCACCAGGCUCAAUAUUGUGCAUGACACCCGCUACAAGUGUUGUUCCCAUGGUGCACGGUGCUACGCCAGCCACUGUGUCCGCAGCAACAACAUCUGCCACAAGUGUUCCCUUCGCUGCAACAGCCACAGCCAACCAGAUACCCAUAAUAUCUGCCGAACAUCUGACUAGCCACAAGUAUGUUACCCAGAUGUAGAAUUUUCAUCACUAAACAAUCAUACUAAAGAGGAAAGGACAGUGUGCUUGGUUAGCGUAAAGGACGAGGUCAUUAGCCAUAUUGUAAAUACCGUCAAGCAACACACACAAAAACCCCUCAGCCACAAGACAUCCACAUAUUGCAUGUUAACCAGAAGAAGAGACAACAUGGAAAUCCACUGCACACUGUUGCCUAUACACUUUGUACAUUUAAUUGAUAUUUGUGCUGAGGUGAUAUUCCUGUCUGAAAGAAGAACAACAUUGUCUUUCUUUUCUAGCACAGAGUUCUGCAUUAAAAGAUGCAUACCUAAUUAGUUUCCUAUAUAUUCAUGCCAUCUUGAAAAGACAGACUAUGGUGUAACCAUGAUUCUAUUAUGUAUUGGUACGUCUGUAGACCAAGGUAUAAUUUUUUAAAAAUAAGUUUAUUUCUUUCAAGGUUUACAAAUAACAAAGGUGCACCUUGUAUUUAAAAUCGCCAUUAUAGACGAGAGCGUGCAUGCACAGUCAUUUUUGUUUAAGAGUAAUAUUUUUAAUGUAAUAGAUUUUAAGAUGUGGUGAGGGAGGGAUCUGACAGAGAUGAAUGUGCCAAGCAAAACCACAACUGUGUAUCUUUUAAAGCACAUCAUGGCUUUAAGUACCAUGUUGUUAAGGAUUCUCAUGAAGUGCCAUAGACUGUACAUCAAAUUAGAGUAUUAUUUCUUCAGUGUUAUUGUUUUCAGAGCCACAUUUUGUUGCUUAUUUGCUAGUACUAAUCAGUCAAAGGGCACCAUUCUUUUUUCCUUUUUUUUUUUUUUUUUUUGGAAACCAAAGCUGUCUCAGAAAUGGCCAAUUUAACUCUACAGUAACAAUAGACAGCACAACACAAACUCUCUCAAUACCGAUAAACUCACACAUACUGGAGAUAUAUAUAAUAGAUAUAUAUAUAAAAUUAUUUUAAUGCAUUGUAGUGUAAUAUUUAUGCAUACUAUACUGUGUAACAUGUUAUUCAAAAGGGAUAUGCCAUUUCUGAGACACGAUAACAAAAAAAAAUGUUUGAGGAAAUUAUUUUGCUUCUAUUUAUAGCUCUGUCAAAAGUCAAACGACUAUAAAUGCUUUGCAAAAAUGGUUUCACAUUUGCUUAAAUGCUUCACCACAGUCACGUUUAAAAUAGUGACUCUAAACAAAGAAGAAAGCAGCACUGUCAUCAGAUGCAUGAUAAACCAAAAUAUGAAAAUGGGAAAUGUUUAAUUAACCUAGUAAUUGGGUGGGUUAAGUACAUGGGUGAAUUUUAUAUGUGAUUUGUUUUGUUUUGUUUUGUUCAGAUUAACUGCUUAUAGCCUUAGAAAGCCUUUUACAAAAUUAAAAAAAAAUAGAUGUGCAUUCAGUUUUUAAGAAUGGAUUCAUCCAAAGGAAUUCCUUUUUUGUGGUUUGGAUGUUGCAGCUAGUAAAGGAUAUUUUUGCUCUGAUUGGCAGUUCUAAAAAUUGCUGACGUCGGGGCCAGGUCACUGGUAGUUAUAGUGUGGAAUGGGAGAAGCGAAAGUUCAGUUAUAGAACUUUCCAUACUUCCAAGUUUACUGCAAGUUUUUAUGCUUGAGAGAGAUGCUUUCUAAUAUAAGACUGAUGUGUUGAUUUUACUGAUUGUACUGUACAUCUAUUAAAGCCUUAGAUUAUUACAUUACGGGUUGGAACCCAUACCAAUGUAAUUUCAAUCAUGUUAAGAGAGUAAUGGUGACUUCACAUGUUAUUGUAGUUAGUUACAUUAUAGAAUAUUACUUAUUUUUCUUGUUAAAAUGUAGUUUUUCAUUUCCUACAUUUAUUAGAUUUCAUUUUCUAUUAACAAUUGAAUACCAUUUCAGUUUAUAGACUCUUGUUUUAUUAGAUUUUACCGAUGAAUUUUUCAAAAUACAAAAAAAAAUUAAAGUAGUUUUUCCUUCAUAACAUACUCAGUUUUGAAUUACAUGUAGUGUCAUACGAAUAUUCGUAUUAUUGUUAACUAAAUGAUUUAUAUUUUACUGAUUUAAUAUUAAAGUGUAAGAAUGUCAGUCAUUGUUAGUUCUUGUCUAGUUUUCAUUAAAAGAACAAAGAUCUUUUAUAUGGAUAUCUUAUAAAUAUAUAAUCAUUGCUAAGUAAGAAGUUAAGUUGUUGCUAUCGCAACAAUCCUGGCAGACAAUUGAGUAAUAUUUUGAUGAUUUAUUUUGUUUGUAAUUAGUUAUUAUAAGAAGAUCUAGAUCCUAGAUAUUAGAAUAAAAUUUAUUUUCUACUGUAUCCAUUUCAAAUGUUAAAGUAUUGUUUAAUAUUUUUGAAAUCCCUGAAUAUCAGGCCUUGUUAUAAAUAAGCUGCAUAAUCAAUAAAUAGAACAAGGGACUUUUUUGUUGAUAAUCCAAAUACUCAAAGUUUACGUAAUGAGAAUUAUAGCGUGUGUGCAAACUCUUGAGGGUUGAUUAUGCUGCAAUUUAGCAUGUUGGAACGUCUAGAGAGAAGGUUGACUUUUUGCACUUCUGUAUAUAGUCAAAAGAGAGAAACCUGUAUAAUAGUAAGAUCUUAUUUUGAAUAAAAACGUCUAUAAUUACAAGGAGUUUUGUUAAGGCUAAUAAAAUGACAGACUGAGCAAAAUUGCUUGCAAAAGUGGCACAGAGUUAGCACUCCAUACCCCUUCAAACAUGUUGCUUUGCUUUAUUGUGGACAGCUUGUAGUUUGCCAGGAUUUUUUCAGCUGGAAAGAUAUGCCAUCCUUCCGAGAUCUCAUGACUGACAAAAACUCCAUUGGGCCAAAUCUGCCUGAAGAUCAUUACCAAAAAUAGCAGGUACUUCAACCAUUAAGGUGAAAUCAUGGAUCAAAUAUUCCUUACAUUUUUCAAAACUACUGCAUGUUUAAAACUUCAACGAAAAAAAAAAAGAGAGAAAGAACUAUACUAAGGACAUAUAUUAUACAAAUCAGUUUCUGCCAAUUUCAGUGGUUUAUUGUUCACAAAAAAAAAAAAUCUUCAAAACAAGUAUUGACUCUCACAAAAUUUAAACCGUAAACAGGCAAACCAAACAGCACACCGUAGCUAUAGUUGUUAUGUGAUUGUUUUUUAAUUGCCGUAGGAUCCUGUUCUUUCAGCAGGUGAAAAAACAAAACGCAGUUCAAAUUUCACGGUUUUAAUUUUCAACUCAGAAGCACUCAGAAAAGCAAAUGUGAUCACGGGCACUUGUUUAAUGAAUUCGUGUAUCCAGCCUUCACUCCCGCUGGCUGCACUUAUCAGCAACCCUACAGCUUUCAUCUGCUGAAAGGACAGAUGUGCUUGGUUUUACUAUUAUGUAAUCACAACUUACUUUCUGCUUGUAGUUGCUUAAAAUUAUGUAUUUUGUCUUGGGCUGCAAUUUGUUUUAUGCUUAUUUUAUUAUUACUGCAGUAGUUGACUUUGCUGUAUGGAAAAAUAAAGUGAAAUUGCCCUAAUAAAACUUCUCUUUCUUAAGUAUA